AUGACCGGAGAAAUUUGCGCGCUUUGCCGAGGCGACAGUAGUGACACUCCCGUCUUCGGUAGUCACAAAGAUGCAUUGGAUUUCAUCAAUCCAUGUUCAUCUUGCUCUCUAGUAACACACAGAAAAUGCUUCAUGGACUGGUUCCGCUCGCUAGAGGCGUCGCUGAUGUGGCUGGACAACUCUCGGCCCAGAAACCCGGCGAUAGAUCUAGAUCAAGAACUAGAGGAGAAUGGGAUCCCUGCCGAUCGGAACGAUGCCAGGUAUCUCGCUUAUGUACUCUACUCGAGUGCUAUGCAGAAUGGCCGCAUGCAUAAUGCGAGCGAGAAGAUGGAGACGUCGGCGCCUUGCCCUCAAUGUAAAACACCCAUUCUAUUCGAGAUGGGGGAGCUGCCCUUGAUAAAUUACUACGAGUACGUGCGGUCGGUGCUCUAUGACAUUGUGUAUUAUGGCGGAAUUUCUUUAACUGUUACUGGCGCGGGAACAGGUAUUGUAGUGAUGAUGUACCGAGGCUUGGGACAAUGUGGACUUAGUAUAGUAGACACCAUAAAGCCACAAUCCGUUGUGUUGCCAGAAAUUGCAGGAACAAGACUGGUCUGGGCCGAUAUUGUAAUGAAGCCGGUACUGGUGCUAUUAGGACGCCGAUCUUUGAAUACCUUUGCUUCUCGCCGGCCUCACUACGACUACAUUCCUGCCUUGCCUUUUAUCAUGUAUAGAAUGCGGUGCCUGCUGAUAUUUGAGAUUUUGUUCAACCGCAAAAAAGCGACGGUCCUUGAUGUCCUCAACGAGGUUCAGGUGUGCAAUUUCUUCUCGUCAAUGGGCGGGCAUGUAUUGGCAAGACAGUUGUGGCGGAAUGCCUCCUCCAUUUUUGGCCAAUGGCGCUCAGGAACGCUUCCAUUCAGCCAAAUGAUGCUAUCGUCUUUAUUCAGAAAUAUUGACUGGACAGACCCCAGUGUGAUGAUAGCAUCUGUUGUGCCCGUGAGGUGGAUAUACGACUUGGUGUACCAUUUGACUGUUAACAGAGUUUACUUGAAUAUUACUGCGUCCGUGGCUCCCCGAAGUAUUGUGAAUUCUUUGUCUGUCAAAGAUGCGGCAAAAUUCGAGCUUUUGAUCGAGGUAUUGAAUGAGCUUGAAUCAGACUUAAAUCAAAAAGUACACAAAACAUUGACUGGAAAAAGCUUUUACAACUCAAUUUCGCGCAAGUGCUUUGCAAUGUGGAAAUACUAUACCGAUGAACUCUACUUCAAGAUUCUCAAGUUAAAGGUUCUACUCUGGUUCCAAAAGAUGAAAGCUUGUUUGAAGAAUGAUUAUUCAUCUUCACUUGUGAAGCACCUGAUGGUGAUAACUGCCAUCUCCACAGUUGCAUGGCCAUAUAUCGGUGCCGAUAUAGGCAAAAUCAUCCUUCAUUUCAUUUCAAAGAUGCCGGCAUUCUCGUCUGUUGAAGUUGGAAAGUUAGAGUUCUUGUCUAACCUUGCUGGUAUGACACUAGUGGCUCUCUUUAAGGAUGUUGCAAAUUUACUCCUCUCGAGAAUUAAGGCUGGUCAAAUAUCGACCAUCAAUAUCGUAAGUAAACUGCCCACACCAGACAAGAAAGUUCGACCCGGAGCUGACUCAUCACAUUUUCCAGGCGCUUACACAAACUUGAGUCUUUAA